ACGUCUGAGCAGGCACGGAGAACAACAGAGCGGCUACGUGAAUCCUAACAAACCCGGAUAAUAGUGUUCAGUUAUUGGAUAUAAGACUGUGUAGUGUAGUUUUAUCCAUAUAGAAGCGGAAACGAGAGUUUAGGACGGAUGAAGCGGGGAUACAUCCUCUCCUAGCGGCAGCUUGGUGGCGGUGCUCUCUAGCAUCGGCUAGCCCGGUUAGCUGGCUCUGACUGACGGGGGGGGAAGCUGUGUAAAGAGCCGUCGGAAACAUCAGGCAGAAGCCCCAACACGUCAAGAUAAAGGAUAAAAGAAGAUGAAAAAUACUUAAAAGUUUACCUGUAGGCUUCUUUUACAGAUAGGGCCUGCUCCGUCGUAUAGAAUAAGCUAGUUCGUAGUUAGUUUGUUGAGAGUAGCUAACUUAAUUUAGCUUUUGUUGGCUCGCCUCAGGCUAACAUCUGUAAAUACUGGAAUUUGGUAGCAUUAGCUAACAGCUAACACUAAACAAUGAGCUCUGAAGAGGCGGCUGCAGCGCCCACUAAACCCACUCCCGAUGAUGAUGGCAUGACAUGGUGGUACCGAUGGCUCUGCAAAAUAGCAGGGGUUUUGGGAGGAAUAUCCUGUGCCGUCUCAGGAGUGUGGAACUGUGUCACAGUGAACCCUUUAAAUAUUGCUGCAGGAGUGUGGAUGGUGUUGAACGCCUUCGUGCUGUUUCUGUGUGAAGUCCCGUUCUGUUGCCAGUUCAUAGAGUUUGCUAACGCAGUAGCAGCCCGAGCAGACAAACUCAAACCCUGGCAGAAAGCCUUCUUCUACUGCGGGAUGGCUCUAUUUCCCGUAUUCUUGAGUUUCUCCUUUACAACCUUGUUUGGAAAUGCCAUCGCCUUUGCUACAGGAGUUCUGUACGGCCUCGCGUCUUUAGGAAAAAAGGGAGACGCAGUGACCUACGCCAGACUGCAGCAUCAGAAACAGGGGGACGAGGAGAGAAUGACGGGAACGACAAAUGGAGCUCCAGAAUAAGGCAUUUUUCUCCACCUUUGUUUUAUCUUCAGUUCUGACACGAUUGUUUCUCCCUCUCCUCCAUCCAUUCUACCUCUUCCUCCACACUCCUUUCCCCUCUUCCUCUGUCACCAUGUAACAAAGGUACCAAGUUACUUUAUUUAUUUAAACUGCUACAUUAUUGUCCUGACCUGAUGGUAACCAAACAGAUUGGUGUUGGAUUCAGCCCAUUAUUUGGUAUCUAAAGCCACGUUUAUAUGCAGACAGUCCACUGAAAAAUAAAUGACGUUCGGUUCUGUUUAAGUUCAAUAUUCAGGAGACAAUGAAUAGCGCUGUGCACACAGAUCUGCAAAAAAACAGCUAAAACAUUGUAGUAUACAUACCAGGCCAUUAGCUGGCAUUGUGUCUGUAAUGAAAUGGCAUAUACAUGUUCACAUACAGGUCAUUCAGAGAGUAUUCACUGUUUUCAAUUUUGUUUUGUUGCAGCCUGGUGGUGCACAUUGGCAUAAAUAUUCAGACCCUUUACUAGAACACUUGAAAUGUAGCUCAGGUCCCUCCCAUUUCUCUGAUCUUUGCUGAG